AUGGUUCUCAACAUAGAUCUUGCCGCUUAUCUCUUCAGGCGCCUAUACGAGGCGGGGGCCCGAGCCGUCCAUGGAGUCCCUGGAGACUACAACUUGACUGCCCUUGACUAUCUUGAGCCAGCAGGUCUUGCCUGGAUCGGUAAUUGCAACGAGCUAAACGCCGGCUAUGCAGCAGACGGCUACGGCCGGAUCAAGGGGAUCGGCGCGCUUAUCACAACUUUUGGUGUAGGUGAACUGUCUGCUAUUAAUGCUAUUGCAGGCGCUUAUGCCGAGAGGAGUCCCCUUGUCCACAUUGUUGGAACACCUGCACGAGGCCUUCAGCAACGAGGAGCGAGAUUGCAUCACUCUCUCUGCAAUGGUAGCCCAGAUGACUAUUCCAUCUUCGCCGACAUGUGCUUCAAGAUCACUCAGGUUCAGGAGAACCUGAUGGACGUAUCGACAGCGCCAGCCCAGAUCGACCGGGCUAUUAUUGCCUGCGUGAGACAUAAGCGGCCUGUCUACAUUCAGCUCCCAGCUGACAUGGUCGACGCCAAAGUCCCAUCGGCUCCUUUGUCAACAGCUCUCGACUUUACCCUGGAGCACAAUGACGAUCAGAUGGAGCGGGCUGCCGCUAACGCCAUUGUGGAAAAGAUUCAUCAAUCUAAGCAGCCAUUCAUCCUUGUGGACGCUGGAGCUUCUCGCUACAACAUAGUGACAGAGGUCAACGAUCUUGUCAAGGUAACCGGCUUUCCCACGGCCACGACCCCGUUCGGGAAGGGCGCUGUCGAUGAGACGCUGAGAAACUUCCACGGAGUCUACGGCACUGUCGGCGACCAUGUCUUUGUUGACUGGGUCAAGAAUUGUGAUUUAGUCCUCUACAUUGGGCCAUUUGAGAACAACGUUAACACCUACUACUUCAAGACUAUCCCAGAGGCUUCCAAGACAAUCAGGUUUGAGGAAGACUCAGUUCAGAUCAGCUGUGCCAACGGUGAGCACAACCGAUGGGCUCUACAUCCUGGAGGACUUCUUCGGCGAGUACUGACCCAGCUUGACGGCGGAGCGCUGCGUCAAUAUGUCGAAUAUCCCAAGCAGCUACCUAACCUCCCAGCGCUUCUCACGAGUUUACCACGAGUUCAGAAGACUGAUCUUCUUCUCCAGGACACAUUCUGGAAGCGAAUCUCUGGGUUCUUCGAGCCUGGAGACAUCAUCAUGACCGAGACCGGCACCCCGAGUACAGGCGGCCGCGACUUUGUCCUACCGAGGCAAACGACUCUGAUCAACUCGGGCGUAUGGCUUUCGAUCGGUUACAUGCUUGGAUCCUCUCAAGGAGUUGCCCUCGCGCAGAGGGACCUGGUAGCUGAGGACAGUUCUCGUCGAGGACGGACGAUUCUGUUUGAGGGCGACGGGAGUUUCCAAAUGACAGCCCAGGAGCUCAGCACCAUUAUUCAUAAGCGGCUUGACAUGAUCAUCUUCCUUAUCAACAAUGAUGGCUAUACUAUUGAAAGGUUAGUGCAUGGCAAGGAUGCGAUCUACAACGAUAUCGCGCCGUGGAGGUACCUCGAAGCCCCAAGUUGCUUUGGUGCACCAAACGAUGGCUCGUACGUGACAAUGACGGCAAGGGCAUCAACCUGGGGGGAACUUAUGGAAAUCAUCUCCAAGGACGACUUUAAGUACGGGUCGGGACUCCGUAUGGUUGAGAUUAUGAUGGAACGGAUGGAUGCACCGGUUAUCUUAAAGCGUCUGUUAGAGAGCUACUCUGCUUCGGCCAGCUAG